UCACUGAGGAGAGCAAACCUGUUCGACUUGAAUAAACAAGAUCAUCAGUCAUCCUUUCGAUAUCAACACCUGUGUGGACUUACACAUCCGAUGAGCCAGGUUAUGUUAACGAUCAAACGUGUUUUUUGAAUCAGUUACAAUUCAUUAAAAGGUAAUUUUAGGAGGAUAGAAAAAUGGCAUCACUCCAGAAGAGUCUUACUCGUCCUCUGCUUUUUAAUGUCAUUCUUCUUGGAAAAACAGGAUAUGGAAAAAGUGCUUCAGGAAACACUUUACUGAGGAAAGAUGUUUUUAUUUCCAAGAACAGCUUUAAAGCUGUAACUCAAGAGGUUCAAAUGGAGUGUGUGACUUUUGAUGGAGUGACUCUUAAUGUGUAUGACACACCAGGAUUCUUCAAUCCAGUACCAAGCAAUGAGAUUACAAUAAAACAAUAUCAAUCUCUCUUCCAGUUAAAUGAUUCAGCUCGCACUGUGAUUCUGUUGGUGAUAAAAGCACAAAGACUUGAUUCUGAAGAAAAACAAGCUGCUCGUCUGAUUGGGUAUUUUAUACCAGAAUGUCUUGUCCAGAACACGUGGAUCCUCUUCACCAAAGGAGACAAACUGGAGAGAGAAAAUCUCACUAUUGAGCAGUUUAUAGAACAGACAGAAGAAGUGAAAGAAGUCCUACAGAGAUUUCAAAACAGAUAUCACGUCUUCAACAACUUCUCCCAAAAUCCAAAUCAAGUUAGAAAGUUAAUUAAUAAAAUCUCAGAGGCACCAGAAAUGAUCCCUCCAGAAAUGGGAUUUCCUCGGACAACACCACCAGAUCCUAAAAAAGAUUCUCUUCACAGGAGAAUCAUACUGGUGGGUAAGACUGGUGUUGGGAAGAGCACUACAGGAAACGCCAUCCUGGGAGAGAAGAGAUUCAAAUCUGAGUUCAGUUCAUCCUCGAUAACAUCAGAGUGUGAACUGCAUCAGGCAAUGGUUUCAGGGAGGAAUAUAUCUGUUAUCGACACACCAGGGUUAUUCGACACAAGACUAUGCUCUGAGAAGUUAGGUAUGGAGAUAGGAAGGAGUUUUUAUCUGUCCAGUCCAGGACCCCACGCUUUCCUUUAUGUCCAGCCUGCUAACAUCAGAUUCACUGAACAGGAGGAAAAUGUUUUUCAAAAAUUAGAGCUGAUUUUUGGAAGAGAGAUGAAAAAAUACACAAUAUUUCUCUUCACCCAUGGAGACUUGUUAGAGAAGAAGUCUGUAGAUAUGUUGAUUCAGGAGAACAGAUCUCUCAGUAAACUAGUUGAUGAGUGUGGAGGUGGAUAUCACAUCUUCAACAAUAAACAACUGAGAAACAGAGAGCAGGUCAGUAAGCUACUGGAGAGGAUAGACAGAAUGGUGGAGGAAAAUGGAGGAACCUGCUACUCCAAUCAGAUAUAUGAGGAAGCAGUGAGAGACAGGCAAGAGGAGAAGGAGAAAAGGAUGAGGGAGGAAACAGAGAAACUCAAGCAAGAGGAGGAGGACAGGAGGAUGAGAGAGGAAAGGGAGAGACUCAAGAGAGAGGAGCAUAUGAGGAGGAGGAGGAGGAGCAUGAGGGAGGAAAUGGACAAUCCCAGGAGAGAAAAGGAUGAAUGGAGCAGGACGAGCGAGGAAAUAAAGAGAUUAGCACAAGCGCUGAAGGAGGAGAGAAGGAUGAGGGAGGAAACAGAAAGACUCAGGAGAGAGGAGGAGAGGAAAAGAAAGGAGGAAACAGAGAGACUCAGGAGAGAGGAGGAUGUGUGGAGCAGGACGAGCGAGGAAAUAAAGAGAUUAGCACAAGCGCUGAAGGAGGAGAGAAGGAUGAGGGAGGAGAGGAAAAGGAGGGAGAAAACAGAGAGACUCAUGAGAGAGGAGGAGGAGGGAGGAAACAGAAAGACUCAGGUGAGAGGAGGAGAAAAAACAGACAGUUUCAGAAGAGAGGAGACAAAAGGGAAAGACAAGGAGGAUUUUGAAGCAUUUUGCAGAAGAAACAAGAAGUUUUUGCAUAUUGCUAGCGGUGUUGCAGGUGGAGAUGCAUCUGUAGUUGGAUGUGUAGUUGGAGCUAUAGUGGGUGUUGUUUCUGCCGGUGUUAUUGGUGCAGGUGUUGGUGCAGGCAUUGGUGCAGGCAUUGGUGGUAGUGUAGGCACUGCUCUUGGGGCUACUGGUACUUUUAUCAUGGGUUUAUUUAAAUCUAAAAAUAAAGGUAAUUAAAAAAAGGCAGAGCACAGAGAGAAAAUGUGCAACAGACAAUGAUGGUGGAGGAUUGGGUACACCUGAUUUUGAGUUCUUGUUUUUGAGCUUCUUGCUUAGUCUCUAACUGGGGAUCUUGCUAUGGUCAAGAGAGGGGCAAUUUCAAAAUCAGGACUAAACUCGACAAAUCACGAUGGCAUGUAUUUGGGUAUAUUUUCAGUGGGUGUAUUCAUAAUGUACUAAAUACAGCUAACUAUUCUGCUUCACCUAAAAAUAGCUGGUGUAGGCGAAUCAUGUUGGCUCAUGGUGUAUUUCAUGCUUAUUCAGUCUACAUUGAUUGUUUGAAAUUUAGACCAGUAAAGAGGUAAUAAUAUGAUACUACUAGUAGUUGUAUUAAAUUUUCUAUGAGGUGAGACGCAUACAACAAAUACAGGCAUGUAAUAAAUGUUUAAUGAAUGCUAGAACAGUGUGAAAUAAACAAAUAGAACUAAGAACUAUGAAUUUUUGAUACAUUUUUCUUCUCAUUCUUUUGGGCCAUGUCCCUGUAAGACUAUGUAUAUAAU